AUGAGGUUCUCUCGACAGGCCAUACCCAGGGCUUCGUUUCAGGCUGUCCGCACCUGCCAAUCUAUCCAUCGCCGUCAGUUAGAUCCGACCAGGCUGCAUCAAUGGGCUGCCAAAAGGGCAACCGCUGCGCGUCAACACGCCAGCCCUCACCAGCACCAACAACUCCGACAUGGCUUCUUCUCUUCCGACACCAAGCAACGUAAAUCGAAGCGCACCUUGCCCGCCACAAUUUUCAUCGCCACCGUGCUGAUCUGGUCCCUCUACCCAUCAGAUGUCUAUCAGGAGCUGCAGCCAUCGGCCAACCAGGCAAGACAAGCCACCACACACGGCGACGACUCACUCCCCAAGGAGAGCCCACCAGAGGAUGUCAAGCAGGGAGACCAGGUGGCCCAAAGUGAAGCCUCUGGGGCUUGGUACGACUUCACCACGGCCUUCCAGAAUUUCAGCGUAAUUACGGAUCAGGAAUGGCGCGCAGUCUCGGACAAGGUUAUCGACUUCCUGCUACCCGAGUGGUCGAAAUUCAUCCCAGGAUACAUUCGGAAACUUCAGGGUGAGCUGUCCAUGGCCCCUGGGUCUUUGGCCGAUGAGAUCUGGAAGGAAGCGCAUGACCCUGAGAUUAAUCCCGAGAUCCGUUAUUCUGCAAAGGUCCGCGUGUCAAACGAGCUGUGCGACGAGGAGAAGGAGUUCUUGGCUCGUAGGAAGAAGAUCGUCACGGUGGCGCUGGCGAAGUAUCUGGGUCUAGAGGAAAAGGAAGUCCACGAGGAUGACGUGCCUACUAUCGCAGUGUGCGGCUCGGGCGGCGGCCUGCGAGCUCUGGUCGCAGGCACUGGAAGCAUGAUAGCAACAGGAGAGGACGGCCUCUUUGACUGCGUUACCUACACCUCUGGUGUGAGUGGCUCAUGCUGGCUCCAAGCUUUGUUCCACUCGAGUUUCUCGCAAGGCAGUCUAAGCCGCGUCCUGGAUCACCUCAAGGCGAGAAUCGGGGUCCACAUUGCCUACCCGCCGGUAGCUUUCUCGUCGCUGGCAUCGGCGCCCACCAACAGAUACCUACUGAGCGGCCUCGUUGAGAAGCUCAGGGGAGACCCCAACGCAGACUUCGGCCUUGUCGACGUGUACGGGACGCUUCUGGCUGCGAGGCUACUCGUCCCCAAGGGUGAGCUUGGUGUUGAUGCCAGAGACUUCAAGCUGUCGAACCAGAGGCAGAACAUCAAAUACGGGCAAAAUCCGCUCCCAAUCUACACGGCAGUCCGCCAUGAGAUCCCGAGCGCUACCGGUGCGGCCGAUGAAAACCGUCAUCCUACUGAACAAGAGAAGGAAAAGGCUGCCAAGGAAGCAUGGUUCCAAUGGUUUGAGAUUACUCCCUACGAGGCGUUCUGUGAAGAGUUCUCCGCCGGCAUCCCAACCUGGGCCCUGGGACGGAAGUUCGCGAACGGCCGAGAUAUUCCUCCAGAAGAGGACUUCCAUCUACCCGAAGCUCGCAUGCCGCUCUUGCUGGGUAUAUUCGGCAGCGCCUUCUGUGCAACCCUCAGCCACUACUAUCGCGAGGUCCGUCCCCUGGUGCGGAGCCUGACGGGCUUCUCCACGAUUGACGAGAUGAUCUCGGGUCACAACGACGAUCUGAGCAAAGUCCACCCCAUCGACCCUGCCAUGCUGCCAAAUUUCACGUAUGGUAUGGAGGGCCAGCUCCCGCGCACGACGCCCACAAGCAUCUACAAGAACGAGUACUUGCAGCUGAUGGAUGCCGGGAUGUCGAAUAACUUGCCGAUUUACCCUCUCCUGCGACCUGGCCGCAAUGUCGAUAUCCUCAUCGCGUUCGAUGCCUCUGCGGACGUCAGGACAGACGACUGGCUGUCAGUCGCAGACGGGUACGCACGGCAGCGUGGGAUCAAGGGCUGGCCCAUCGGCGUGGGCUGGCCCAAAGCCACCGAGCCGGACAAGCGAGUCGCGAAGGAACUGAGCGAGGCCGAAGCCGCGUCGACCAAGGAGGCAUCGGCCAGGCUCGACCAAGCGAAGGCCGACCAGGCUGCCCGCCGCCGUGAAGCUGGCGUCAAGCCGGAGGAAGCGGAGGGUACGCACAAGUUCGAAAAGGGAGAGGCCGAAUCCGGAGAGCUGGGCUACUGCACAGUGUGGGUUGGCACCACUCAAGAACGCUCCUCUGAGCCGCCGCCACCCUCCAAGGCGCUGGAUGAUAGUACAGCUUGGCAUCUUCAGGAGCCAGACGCAGGUAUCGCGGUGGUCUACCUGCCCUUUCUUAAGAACGACAAAGUUGGGGGCGUAGACCCUGGAACUAGCGAUUAUUUGAGCACAUGGAACUUUGUGUAUACUCCGGAGCAGAUUGACAAGGUUGUUAAGCUGGCCAAAGCGAACUAUGACGAGGGAAGGGAGAAGAUACGCAAGACGGUCAGGGCGGUGUAUGAGAGGCGGAAGAAGAUGAGACUUGAGAGGGAGGGCAAGGAGAAGUCCGAGAGGAGGAGGCGCAGGGUACAGUUGGGGGUUGAUGGCAAGUUGGGCGAGGGCGAUCAUUUCAGCUGA